AUGCAAGAAAAAAAUGAUGACAAAAUAAUUGAAAAAAGAGAAGAAAAUGAGUUUUUACAUACAACUUCAACAAAUUGUACAAUUGAUGAAAUAGCUUUAUCAAGCUCAUUUCCAUUAGACAAAUACUUGAAUCAGCAGUUAUUUGAGAGUGACUAUUGGGAUGAUUAUUCAUCAGAUUCUGAAACAGAAUAUAGUAAAGCUUUGGAUGAAAAUGACAGAUUACAUCAAAAAAAACGAGUUUGGAACGAUAACCUAGAAAAAUCAUGUGGAACAUGCAACCAUAUAGAAAAUUAUACUGAACUCUCAAAUAUGAUAAAAUGUGAAGGAUAUUGCAGAAAACCAUAUCAUUUAAAAUGCGUAGGACUUGUAAAACUACCAGAUACUCGGUGGAAAUGCCAAAAUUGUCUCAAUCAUCUUGUUUUUUGUAACAUAUGUAAUUCAUUCGGCAAAAAAUCAGACUCAAAUUUCCUUAAAUGCUACCACCCAAUCUGUAUGAGAUUCUUUCAUACUCAGUGUAUUCUUCAUUGUAAUCAUAAUAUUAUUUGGACCUUCAAUAAUUCAUGUGGACAAACUUCCAUGGCGCCUAAUCAGAAUGCAUGUAUGCACCCAGAGAUCAAUAUAGGUGGUAAUAUAUUUAAAAAAAUUUUUGGGACGGAAAAUGUAGAGAAAGAAGAAAUAACUAUGAGAUUAUUAAAUGAAUUCGGGUUUAAAUUCAUUUGUAAUCGUCAUUAUUGUUCAACUUGUAGUGAUUAUACAAAAAAAAAUAAAACCAAUCAAAGUGGGGUUAUAAUUGAAAUUUCAAAGAAAAAAAGAACUACUUUUAAAUUAGACAAUCCAAAUGAUUUAUUUUAUUGUAUUAAAUGUAAUUCGGCAUAUCAUGAUCAUUGCUUACACCCAGAUUCUAUUAAAUUAAUUAAUGGGGUUUGUAUUUGCUAUAAACAUAUACAUAAUCAAAGUGAAAUGAUUUUGAGUACGUAUAAUAUUAAAGAAGAAAUUGGAUUUAAGUUGAAAACUAAGCUAAAGAGUUAUUUUAAUUCUAAUAAUGGAGAAAAGUUAAAUAAAAAACUAAAAUUGGAGUUAAUUCAAAAAAUAGUUAACCAUUUGGAAUCUUCCGAUUAUAAACUUAAUUCACUACCAUUUGAACUACCUGGCCAAUCAAAAGACUGGUUAUAUAUAGAAAUAGAAAAUUUAAUUAACGAAAGCAAUAUGAAAAAUGAAGGUAAAAAGAUGAUCAAUUCUUUUCAAAAUUAUGGAUUUACACAUAUAAAAAGAAAUAUCUAUAUAGAAAAUAUAAAUGAAUCCCAGGAUGAGAAAUGUGAACCAUUACCAAUUAGUGAUUCUUCUGAAAUUAAAAAGAAAAAAAAAGAAAAACAUCUUAAAAAUACUCAAAACUUAAAGAAAAAAGCAUUUAUUUAUAAUAAAAAAGACAAAAUAUUUAAUGAAAAGUGUGUUUGCAAGACAAUUUGUGACAAGGAUACCUGUCAAAAUGCUGCAAUGUACAUUGAAUGUAAUUCAAAUAUAUGUGGCUUACAUGAAAAACUUCAGAAAAAAAAUUGUAUGAAUAGAAUAUUUAACAGUAAUAAUAACAAAUUUUUAGAUAAUCAAAAGAAAAUUAUAUUGAAAAAUUUAAAAGUAAUAGAUGCUGGAGAAAAAGGGUUCGGAGUAACUACUAAUAUGACUAUUCCAAAAGAUACUUUUAUUAUAGAAUAUGUUGGAGAAGUCUUAAAAAAAGAAAAUUACUUAAAAAGAGUUGAGAAAUAUAAGAAAAGAGAAUUAGAAUCAAGGAAAAAGUCUCUAAUGAUGGAUUUUUAUAAAGAUAAUUGUGAUUAUAAUGAAGAUAUUAUCUUAUCAAAAGAUACUAGAGAAAGGCACUGGUAUUGUAUGGAGAUUGGAAAUGAUUAUAUAAUUGAUAGCACAAAUAAAGGAAAUCUAAGUAGAUUAAUUAAUCAUAGUUGUGAUCCAAAUUGUAUUGCACAAAAGUGGCUAGUUGGAAAUGAAUGUAGAGUUGGCAUUUUUUCUCAAAGAGAAAUUAAACCAAAUGAAGAACUUACUUAUGAUUAUUCAUUUACAGCUUUUGAUAUUGGCUUUAAAUGUAAAUGUAAUUCCCCUUGUUGUAAAGGGAGAAUUGGGAUAGAAAACUUUAAAGAAUCUAAUCAGGAGCUUAUUAAGAAGAGAAAUGAAUUAUGUAUGAAAAAUAACAUGUUAAACUCAUUUAUAAGCUUAAAUAAAUCAUUAUUUAAUAAUCCUAUUUUUUCAGAACUGGAUGAAAUAUUUACAUCUAGAUUUGAUUACAUAAAUGAUCAUCAAGAUUUAUACUAUAAAACAGAAAAAUAUAAUAAUAAUAUUAAAAAAUAUAAUGAAUUAUUACAUGAACAUAUUACUAAUAGGAUUCAAAUUUACCCAUAUGAUUUUAAAUUUAGAAAUUCAUUAUAUGGUUAUACAAGUCUUUUAUUCUUUGAUUCUCCUGACGUUAUAUCAAAUUGGUAUUUAAAGAAAUCAAAAAAUAUUACAUUAAUGAAUAAGCCUUGGAUUAUUCUUCCUUUUGUAUUUAACUCAAAAGAGUUUAAUUAUUUAAAACAUCCUUUUAAUUUUAAUUAUUUAAAGAAAAAAAUAUGUAAACGUUUAUCUAUUUAUUUAGACCAAAAUAAUUCAAAUUUAAGUAAUAACUCACUUUUCUGGCAUUUAUUUGAUUUGGGAAUUGGUAGUGACGAAUGUUGCAAUAUUUGCAAUAAUCCUGGUACAUUAAUUACUUGUGAUUAUUGUUAUGAUUCAUUUCAUAAAUAUUGUCUUUAUAAUAGUGAAAUAGUAAAUAAUUUGAAAAGAUCACGUCUUUCUUAUAAUUAUAGUAAAGAAGAACAGAAGGUAAAAUGUAGAAAUUGUAUAGAGAAUGAGUUGAUAUCAGUUUAUUGGCUUAAAACUACCUAUAAACGAAGAAAAUAUAACUACUUUUUGAAACAUAAAGUAUUUUCAAUUCCAUUAUAUAUGAAUAAAAUAAGUCUUCUUAAGUAA